AUGAUUCCUAUGGAUGUGAAACAGUACAUAUCAUGGACAGCAACGAUUUGCCAGUUUGGACUUCUUUCAACAGGGAUGUAAGUAAAUUAAAAUCCUUCUGUAAAUAUAGGCUAAAUUUCUAACACAUUGGUAAAUUUGCAAUCAGUGGCACGCAUGGAGCCGCGCAUUCAACCAUUUGUUCAGCGUUUUGAUCUUUUCUUCAGUUCAUUUUCCUUCAAAUUAACUUCUUAAGACCAAAAAUUAAGAAACUUAGUUGCUAUUUUGCUUUUGAAAGGAGCUUUUGUUGGCUCCCUUUAUUUUUUUACCCUAGCAACUCUUAAGUAAAAGGUAAUGUUCGCGUAACAAAGAUUAUUUGUCGUCUCACCAUUGGCUGAUCGUAUUAUUAAUUAAAAUUAGGUCUCUCUUAAUUAAGGCCUCCUGUUGUUCCUUUUUGCAAUGUACGGAUCGCUUCACUGAACGUGGUUUUUUUUUUUAAUAAGCGAAUUUUGAGAUCCAAUCCUUCACUUUAAAAACGAAAAAAGUAUAUUUUACACAGUAGGCUGAAAAAAAAAAGAAAAUGUUGUGAAGCUGGAAUUUUUUUUUUUCCAUGGUGAUUUUGUGUUAAUGUUAAUUUAUCAACAUAAAGAGUUUCAAAAGGUGAUGUUUCAAGUGUUAGCCCUUCGUCAGAGAAAAUGAUGAGAGAGUGAAUGAAGUCAGAGCAAUGACCAUUUGCUAUCAUGAAGGGCCUAUGCUUGAAAUGCCAGCUUUAGAUACUCUUUAUGGUGGCCAAUUUACUUAAUCAACUCAAUUGAUAAACCAAAUUAUUUUGUAAUACCCUAUACUGAUACAACACCACACUUUACUAAGAAAGUUACCCCUGUUAUUCUGAUGUUUUUCUACUAGGAUGGUUAGUUGGUCGUACUAUUUGCACCAUAACUUUGUCAAAAACCUCAAGAUAUAGCUCAGGGUUACUUAAGUUCAUAAAUUAGCUCUCAGGCUGAGGGAAGGGAACUAUUUUUAGAAUUUCCUUCCCCAGGAAAUAAAUGUAUCCCUCAGUUUUUGUGUAGUGGUUUGUAAAUGGUUUUAAUCAAAACUAUAACAAAAUUCUGAAAUGUGAAUGGUUAUCACCAGCCUAAUUUUAGAACUAAUAGGAUAUUGUAUGUGUUGUGCUUGUUAUUGCUUGUAAAUCCCCUGAAAUUGUACAAUUAAAUUACAGUUAACCCUUUAACUCCCAAGAUUUCAUUGGUAAUUCUCCCUACUGUCUGCCAUACAAUUCAUGUGAUGUUAGUUUGGAGAAUUUGUAAUUGGAUCAACCAAUAAUCCCCUAAUUGAUAUUUUUCUCUACUCUCAUUACUUGUCUGCUUGAUAUUGUACUGAUAAUGUAAGGAGAAAUUCUUUCUUGGUCACCAGUGGGACUUAAAGGGUUAAAGAUUGAUCAAGUUUUACAUCCUUUUUCUAGACAAGUCUGUUUGAAAAUAAAACGACAAGGCAGUACAAAGAACAUAACUCUUUUCCCAUUCUUGUCAACAUGUUUAAGGUAUGUAAUAAAUACAUUUGUGUUUAGAGCGGCCCUGACUAUUUUAAUUUAGACUUUUAACUCCUCAAGGCUUCUGGGAUUGUUUAUCACAGUGCAUCUUUCCAUUAGGAUUAAAAUGAGAAAUGUAUGGAUAGAAUAAAUCUUUAACCCUUAACUCCCCAACAUCAGUAUGUAUAUUCUCCAUACUGUUCUCUAUACAUUUCCUGAAGUGCUGACCCGGAGAAUUUGUUUAAAAAUCAAGAGCUUUAUAAGUUGGUGAUCAUUUCCUUGAUUCUCGUGACCUUAAUGUUUGAUUCAGGGGUGAUAUUGUAUGGAGAAAUUAGAAGCUGGUCACUCCUAGGGGUUAAAGGGUUAAGGAAGAUGCAGAAGCCUCACAGUCAGCAUGCUGAAGUAUGGGUCAGGAGAUCUGGGUCAGAGAAUUGGUCAGGUUGUUGUGUUGUGUUCUUCAGCAAAGCACUUUAGAUGCUUUAUCAAACUUAGGGAAAAUGCAUGGCUGUAAUUGAAGUUUUUCCAAAGGAAACACCUCUUGGCCACCAAAGAGAGGGGGCAAGACUCUUUGAGAUUUGCUUAAUUAUACCCAGGUGCCAAAUCUAGAUGUCCCAAAUCUAGAUGUCCCAAAUCUAGAUGUCCCAAAUCUAGAUGUGCCAAAUCUAGAUGUGCCAAAUCUAGAUGUGCCAAAUAUGCCAAAUCCCAAAUCUAGAUGUGCCAAAUCUAGAUGUCCCAAAUCUAGAUGCUCCCCUUUGUUCUAAUUAGACUUAUAUGAAACCCUUGCAUGUGGCAUGCACAUCUUGACUUGGAUAAAAAAAUUGGAAACAUGAUGAUUUUAUCAAUUCACAUUGUUUUACAUUUUGUUUCAACUUCAGUUCCAUUCUUUGGACAAAGUAUGGCAUCCUAGUAGAUGACACCCCUAUUUACACCAUAGGAAUACUAGGAAUGAUUACACAGUCUGCAUAUCUACUAUUUUAUUAUAUUAAUACAAGAGAUAAGGUAAGUAGAUGAUUGUAAACAGAACGCAAAGGAUGGUAAAAUAUAUUCUUGAUAUGGCAAAAUCAAGAAAAAAUUUUUUUUGUAUCACUCACAGACCAUGGUAUUCAAAAUUUGCUAAAAGCUGAAUUGGAAGCCAAAACAGGAAAAGAAGAAACAAAAGUGACUUUGGCUUUAGUAAUGACAUUUCUCAUGGCUAAGAAUGAAAAUCUAGAACAAUAAUGUAAGCCACCAGCCUGUUUCGAUGUGUAAAGGCCUAUGGUGUUUAUAUGAUAAACAGAAUAAUACAUGGUUGUUUGUAGACGUAGAUUUUCUCUUAUGGUGUUCAACGCAAUACCUCACUUAUUUGCUGUACUCACUUGUAAGAUAUUGAGUCAAGAAAGUCCAUAUCUAUAUAUUUAAAUGGCAGUUGAAAUAUUUUUUAUUGUUAUUGUGGUUGAUGAAGAUUAUUCUAAAGCAUUACAAAUUAUUUAUACUUUAUUUCCACUUCCCAAUUUUUUUCACAGAAGCUGCUAAUUCAGAGAUUAAUGUAUUCAUUUUUUGGAGUAUGUUCACUAUUGACUUAUGUUAAGUACUACACUACUGACUUUGAUACAGCUGUCUUCCAUCUUGGAUUCAUUGCGAGUGGUUUCACUGUAGCAGUAUAUGGCUCACCUCUGGCUUCUGUGGUAAGAACUAACAUACUUCUCAUAUGAACUUACACCAUAUAACAUGCAUAUAAGCUGCACCCCCAAACAUCUAUUCAUCCUGGACAACCAUACUGGGUUUUUUUUAGUUCUGUGUUAACUCUUAAGGCAGGUCUAAGACCACUCAAUAGCAAGAAACAUAAGCUUAUGCUUAUGAACAAAAAUGGCUCUUUUUGGAGCCAUCAAGCUUGCAAAUUAAACUAAUGAUCAAUUCCUAUUCAUGUAUAUCUUCAUGAGGCCUUUGUUAGCAUGUUUAACAGACCUACAGUUUUUCAUUGAAUAGUGUCUAUUUAUUUUGUUCUCACAGAUAAGCACCACCCCUGAUUUGUUAGAAAAAGUUGGGCGAAAAAAGUACAGUUUACACUCCAGUGUGUUAAUUUGUUACUAAUAUUCUUCAGUCACAGUAUGGGGGAGUGUUGAAAGUCUAGGACUAGUAGUUGUGAGGCUCUGAAUUACAGCCUUAUUUCUCACCAUAAAGUAUAGUGGUUUCUCUGUAAUCCUAGGUUGAACUCCCAGACAAUACUUGUAACUAGCUCACUGGUUUACCUCCUGCAGUUGAGACACAGUGGCUGAUGGUGAACCUGCUGGACUUCAUCUUGAGGUCCAGGUUUGAGAAGUAGCCAGGUCACUGUCUUGUGUUCUUGGACUAGUAUAAUGUGUAUCUUAAUUCUGUGUUAACCUUCAUUUUUUCAGGCUAAUGUGAUUAGACACAAGAGUACAGAAUUUAUGACAUUUUCCAUGUGUCUAGGAAACUUUGUUGUGGCUCUUCUUUGGGCAAUAUAUGGACAACUUGUCCAAGAUAAUUUUAUUUUGGUAAGUGAACUGUCGUUACUCAGCACAGUCCUCCAUCAUAAUUCCCAGGGUGAAAAAAAAAAAUUGACAAUAGUGCAUUCAAGGCAAGGUACGAUGCAAUGUUCUCCCAGUAUGGUAUCUAGUAAGGAAGAAAGCUCUACUUAUUUUGGUAUAGGGCAUACAUUUGAUACUCCAGGGUGUUGAUGCACACUGUAAGAGAACAGUGUCUUGAGCAAGAACAGAACACUAUGAUUCUAGAAAAAGUUUCCUCCCAAACUGUGAAACUGUAAUUCUAACCACAAAUCAUCAGAUAAAUAUCAAUUCUCUUUUUUUUGUUGUUGUUUCUUUUUCAGGUGCCCAAUGGUACAGGUGUUAUGUUGGGCUCAUUACAAUUGCUCCUUUUUGUUUUCUAUCCAAGCACUUCACAGAGGACAAUAACAUACAACAUGAGUUCAAAACCUGCUAGACAAGUUUGACUUGGAUUAAAGAUAGAAAGAUACAAAUAUAGAAGAAAAAUAUCCAAAUAAUGUAUUAGAAUUUUAUUUUAAGUGAAAAACCCUACAAAUGAAAUAUAUUAAUUUCAGCCUCUUGUUUAAAAAAAAGAACCCUUAAAUUAAAUUUAGUGAAAAGAAAAAAAAAUAAAGUUAUGUCGCUGAAACAUUUUGUUAGUGUUACUGCUUACUUCUUGAAGCAUGAUUUAGUUAUUAUUAAAUAAUAUGGUGAUGAAUGCAUGAAUUUUGAUUGGUUCUUACUUAUGAUCUGUAAGAGGAAAGACGC